AUGAGUACAAAAAAUGGAACAGCUGUUCUAUUGAAUAAGACUGAAAGUGCUAUAAAACAAACAAACUUUAGGACUUGGGGCAAAAAUAUUAGAAAACAGUGCCCAAUAAUUCCUCCCAAUCUAGUAGGAAGAUUUAAGAUAUGUACUAAUGCUCCAUCGUUUGAAGAACUUGGAAAAAUGUUUUUCAAUUUAAAUCCAGGAGGACGAUAUAAACCACCUGCGUGCACAUCUAGAAGUAAAGUUGCUUUAAUUAUUCCUUACAGAAACAGAGAAGAACAUCUGAGAAUCUUUCUCCAUAAUUUGCAUCCUUUCCUUCAAAAGCAAAUGUUAGAUUAUGGAAUCUAUGUUAUUGAAGAGUCUGGUGAUUCUAAAUUCAACAGAGCAAUGCUGAUGAAUAUAGGAUACGUUGAGGCUUUGAAACAAUAUGAUUAUGACUGUUUUAUUUUCCAUGAUGUUGAUUUAAUACCUGAAGAUGAUAGAAACUUUUAUUCUUGUCCGGAGCAGCCAAGACACAUGUCCGUAGCAGUAAACACAAUGUACUACAGGUUACCGUACAAAGAUUUAUUUGGUGGAGUAUGUGCUUUGACAAAAAAGCAUAUGGAAACAAUAAAUGGUUUUUCAAAUGAAUUUUGGGGAUGGGGUGGUGAAGAUGAUGAUAUGGCUAAUAGGUUAAAGUUCCAUGGACUUCAAAUUUUCAGGUAUUCUGCUCAAAUUGCCCGGUACACUAUGCUGAAACAUAACAAAGAUGAACCUAAUCCAAAGAGAUACCAAAAAUUGUAUAGUGGGCAAUCAAGAUUUAAAAAAGAUGGCUUAAGUAACCUAAAAUAUAAGCGUUUGGAUAUAGUCCUUAAAAAAUUAUGCACUUGGGUCUUGGUUGAGAUAGAACCCAUUGAAAAUUAA